AGCUGAAAAUAGUGAAAACCAAGUCAUCAAGAAUGUCCGUGAAACUACUGACCAUCACACUGCUGGCUUUUGUUGUAUGCGCCAAUGCUAGCAAAAAGAGUGUCAGGACAUUUGGGAGUAUCGUAAAGCGAACUUGCUUGGACGACCAGUUCACGUGCAAGGACAUGGAAUGUGCUGAGGCAUCAUGGGUGUGUGACUCGGAGCGCGACUGUUUGGACGGUUCUGAUGAGGCCGGGUGUCCAACUGACUGUAGCCACCAAAACCAGUUCAAAUGCGCAAACGGCAAGUGCAUCACCCGCGUCUAUGUCUGCGAUGGCGAUAACGACUGUGGCGACAGAAGUGAUGAGGCUAAUUGCCCUUCGGGUUAGAAUUGAAGCCAAUGAAGAUUAUUGUAUUCUUAUCUAUGCAUUCGAUGAGAGAGACAGCAUAUGUUCGCGUUCACUUUGUCUUAAUGAUCCAGGAUAAUUUUAUGGUGUUAUUUAUGUUGUUUGUUUAAAAACACUUUUUAUUAUCUGGUAAUUA